AUGAGGGACGAGGCGACGGGCUCCGCGGCGGAGCUGCUGGCGCCGCGGAUGCUGGUGCCCGCCUCCAGCCGCGUCCAGGAGCUCGAGAGGUUCUCGCAUUACGUCGCUAGGCAAAUUGGCUUUGAGGAUGUGAAGGAAUGCCCCCACCUGUGCACGCUAGCCUACGAUUAUCUCAGGAAGAACAAGGGCUACGAAGAGAACAUUUUUGCGUUCUUCCAGAAUAACAUGGAUCCUGAGCCCCUGAUUGUGAAGUUUAUCGAGGAGCUUGACAAAUGUAUAGUUGGCUACUUCUCCUUCCAUUGGAAAUAUGCCACUUACAUAAUUACCCAGGUUCUCACGGUAGAAGGUGCGACUAAAAGAAAGUUCAAGAAUUUUGUGUUAGAGGCCACCAGGGAACAGAGAUUCGAGAGAGUGACAAGAAACUUGAAGGUUACAAGGUUUUUCUCCACAUUGGUGGAAGAACUGAAGGCCAUAGGACUAUCUAGCCAUGAUGAUUCUCCACGGAAUGAUGUGAUGGUGCCAGUAGCACACUGCAAUCGCAGCCCGGUUUUACUCCUGAUGGGUGGUGGGAUGGGAGCUGGCAAGAGCACUGUACUUAAAGAUAUCCUUAAGGAAGCAUUUUGGUCUGGAGCAGCAGCGAAUUCAGUGAUUGUGGAGGCAGAUGCAUUCAAGGAAACUGAUGUAAUCUACCGAGCCAUUAGCUCUAGAGGCCACCACAAUGACAUGCUGCAGACUGCAGAGCUGGUGCACCAGUCAUCCUUGGACGCAGCCUCCUCGCUCCUCGUCACUGCACUCAACGAAGGCCGGGAUGUGAUCAUGGAUGGCACUCUGUCCUGGGAGCCAUUCGUACAGCAAACGAUAGCCAUGGCCAGGGCCGUGCACAGGCAGCGGUACCGCAUGGGAUGUGGCUACAAGGUCACAGAUGAUGGGACAAUAACCGAGGAGUACUGGGAGCCGGUUGAGGACUCUAAUACUGAUGAGGAGAACGAAGUACCAGCAAGGAAGCCUUACCGGAUCGAGCUCGUUGGUGUGGUCUGUGAUGCAUAUCUAGCUGUUGUCAGGGGAAUCAGGAGAGCUGUAGUCACUGGGAGAGCAGUGAGGGUGAAAUCGCAGCUGCAGUCACACAAGCGAUUUGCUACGGCUUUCAACAGUUACUGCAGCCUUGUCGACAACACAAGGCUCUACAGCACCAACACCUUGGGUGUUCCUAAGUUAAUAGGAUGGAAGGAUGGUGAGAGCAGCUUAUUGGUGGAUCCUGAAGAAAUAGGCUGCUUGGACAGACUAAGAAGCUUGAAUGAGGAGGCCAACUGCGUCCAUGAGCUAUACGCCGACGGCCAACCAACAGGAGGCUCGUCGUCAGCAUGGCAGGACCUGGUCAUGUCGGCCUCGAGGGUGUCGGCGCAGCGGAAGCUCAAGGCUGCCAUCGAAAGGAACGAGGCACGCUUCAAUCCUGCAUAG